AUGCGUCAACCCUCUUGGGACGCGGACACACGGCUUCCAACACGUUCAUUGAGCGGCAGAAGCAGAGACCAAAGCCGCAAGCCCAUCCUGGUGCUUCCCACCCCAGCUCCAGCCCUUAGAGAAGCCGGAACAAAGAAAGGAACAAGCAGGAAGGCCAAGCAACAUACACCCUUGGCAGGAGAGACAGCACCGGUUGUGGAAGCUUCAGGGUCUCUCAGUGUGGACAAGCACCUCACUGUCCAGGAGACCGGGGCAACAGGCCGUGAUCCGGGAAAGACAACGAGUUCAUCCACCACAAAUACCUAUCGGGCGUGUCGCAGCCUGCAGGACAGGCUGUCGCAAAAGUCGGCCACUCCUUCCGGGUUGACUGGCAAAGAUAUUUGA